AGGCGGUCCUCAGUGGAGCGAGUCGAGCUGUGGGAGUCGGUUCAACUGCGGAUUUCGGAUUCAGAGCCGUGAUAUGAGAGAAACAGAGAAUCUUCCAGCUCCGCUUUACUGCCUCCUGCUUCUGCUCUCUGGAGUCUCCUCUUACACUGAGUUCGAGAUCUCGGUGCCCAGCGGUGGUCAGGUCGGGGUUUAUGGGCAGUCCGUGGUUCUGUUCUGCAGCUUUCCCACCGGAGGCUCCUGGGAUGUGAGCAGCAGCGUCAUCACCUGGCAGCGUGGCCUAGAGGUCGUCCACAGCUUCUACCACAGCCAAGACCAGCUGGACCGACAGCAUCCUCGCUAUGCCAACCGCACCAGCCUGUACCACCAGGAGAUGGCGGAGGGAAAUGCAUCCCUCAGGCUGGACCGGGUCUCCCUGGAGGAUCAUGGGAUAUACACCUGUUCGGUCAGCACACAGAUCGGGAGCCAGAAGAAAAGCUUUAGACUGAGAGUAGCAGCUUUCUACCCGGAGCCUCAUCUGCACAUCAGCCUUUCGAGUAACGGGCAGGUGGACCUCCUGCUGACCUCACAGGGAGGUUACCCCUCCCCUUCGCUGCAGUGGCUGAUGGGAAACACGCAGGACGUCACAGAGGAGACGCAAACGCAGCUGGAGCAGGACCAACACACCAGGCUCUACAACGUCAACAGUAAGCUCAACCUCACACGGGGAACCAACUCCUCCAUCACCUUCAUCCUGAAGAACCAAGAAUUGGGGCAGGAGAUCAGACGGAACAUCGACCUGUUCUUAGAAGACGGAGCUGGUGGUCCACAAUCACGACACAGGGUUCAUUCUGUUCUGCUUGGAGCUGUGGUCACUGUCGCAGUCGGCCUAGCAGUGUUAAUUGUUGCUUUCUUCAUACGGAAACAGAAAAAGCAGAAGAGGGACUUCAGAGCUGUUAGUGCUCCUGAUGAAGAGCAGUCCAUAAAUCACCAGAAUGGAAAAACUGUCCACUGAUCAUCUCGGACAAAGAGACUGCAUCACUGCAGUGUCGGCAGUUCUUACUAACGCUGGACGCUUUGACUGGAGAUGGUCAUCAGUCACCAGCACCGUCCGAAAGAAGCCAGUCCAGCAGUCCUGUGCUACACAUUUCAUGCUAGAGAUUUCUAUCUAGAACACUAUAUAAAGCCACCCUACCGGGCUCCGUUGGUCAGGCAAGGUCCAUCAGUCCUUGUUUUCCUGCAGCUGAUGUGAGCCUGGCCAGCGCGAGUCGCGGCCGUUAGAGGUGUCGGACGUUUGAUCAGAGCCGCAGUACGAGUUGAUUGACAGCUCAAAAUGGAAGUUAAUGCCUCGUGAGUCCAGACUGUGUUUCAGUGUAAGUGCAUUUUUACGAAAUUCCAGCAAAAAAAAGUGAACGACGUCGUGUUUCCAUCCACUGCGGUGACGUGAAGAAGGCUUAGACGGCGGAGGAGCUGCAGUCAAACACAGGAUCACCUUUACAGCCAUUUGCCUCUUUAUUUUCUUAUUUUGAGCACUGACCACUAGUCACUCUGUCCGGACCACAGAAUCAACUGACUUACAGCUUGAUGGUCAUCGUUUAUUCGAAAAACACUUUCCCCUCACUUUUUUAUGCAUUUCAGCUUUAGAGCUGCUUUUAAUACCGAAUAGGACAAAUCAGCUCAAUUAGCCAAACACAAGCCAGCCACAAAAUACUGAGCAUCUUCAGAUGAACGUUGCGCUAGUAUCUAGUAUUUUUAUAAAUGUGCCUUACUCUGAAAAAUGAGCUAUGAAUUGAAUAGUAUUUCUAUUGUAAUUCAUUUCUGGAUGCUGCAUCAUUUUACUCACCGAUUGUAUAGAUUGUAUAAACAGAUCACUGCACUGAAAUUCAGAUCUUGAUGUUCUGUAUGUUGAGCUGUUACUGAUUUAUUCCGUGUUUAGGUAAAUAAUGAAUUACACUAACAUUUGGUUCCGUCUGGAUUCACUGAUUCUGAUGUUAGAAAUGGUUCAAAUGUGAACAAUCUUGAGUUUCUUUAGUAAGAAACACACAACAGUUUGUUUUCAUCAGGUUGAAACUGUAAUAAAUGGUCUUCUGUAUUACUGAGAAACACUGAUAUGGCAUUAAAUCUGAUUAUUGAAGUUA